AUGGUCCGUUGGGGAAUUCUCGGAACCGGCGAUAAUGCGCUCAAAUUUGGCAAAGAUCUGCUGAUCGACCCGACUACCCGCGACGUGCACGACUUGACCCACGACUUCCUGGCCGUUGCCUCUUCGACUUCGCUCGACAAGGCCCAAUCGUUUCUGUCGGCUGUUGGUGCGCCCUCGACUGCCCGGGCAUAUGGAUCUUACGAGGCCCUGGUUGCUGAUCCCGAUGUCGAGAUCGUGUAUAUCGCGUCGCCACAUUCGCACCAUUUCCCUCAUGCUAGGCUGGCCUUGACUGGUAACAAACAUGUUCUGUUGGAGAAGGCGUUUACGGUAAAUGCCAGACAGGCGGAGAUUCUCGUGCAGCUGGCUCGUGAGCGGGGAUUGUAUCUUAUGGAAGCCUUAUGGACGCGCUUCUUCCCGUUGACGCGACAUGUGCAGCAGUUGGUGCGGGAGGGGAGGAUCGGGACGGUCCAGCGCGUUGUGGCUGAGCGGAAUCUGGGGAGGGAUGUGGAAAGGCUGUACGGGACUUCGCAUCGGUUGGUAAAUCCGGCCCUUGCAGGGGGGGCGCUGUUGGAUUUGGCUGUGUAUCCCCUCACAUGGGUCCGGCUCUUCCUCGGCUCUGAAGGAGAGAACAAUUCACGUUCCCUGCAGGUAUCCAGCGCAGUGAUUCCGUACGAGGCGACCGGGGUCGAUGAAACGGUGACAGUGGUCAUCACCUCCCCCGAGACGAAGACGCAGGGCGUCGCGACGGCCAGUCUGCGCGUCACGGCGGACCCCAGCGAGCCGGGAGUGCGAAUUCUCGGCACCAAGGGGCAGGUUCAGGUGUAUGGACCCGCUGCUCGUCCGAACUGGAUCCGGGUUGUGACUUAUGGGUCGUCGGAGGCGCCCGAGACGACCAGCUUUCCAAUCCCCGUGGGGCAUGGACUGUUCUGGGAGGCCGAUGAAAGUGCUCGCUGCAUUCGGGAGGGGCGAAUCGAUUCGGAGGGAAUGCCGUUGAAGGAUACACUGUGGAUGAUGAGGGUGUUGGACGAGGUGCGUCAACAGCAUGGGUUGAGGUAUUCGGAAGAGCUGGAAUCCACGAGGGGGUGAGAGGAGGAGGGGGGAGAUGGAACUAGGGAGAUUGGGAGGGGGUUGAGGAGAGAGUGGGGGGAAGAUGGGAAGAUUAAGAGAAGAUUGAGGGGAAACCAACACACAAAUAUCGCCUGGUAGAAUUUGUUUGAGGGGCGGGAUUGGAAUGCUCAGAGCUGUUCAAGUCGACAUAACAAGUAACGGAUCAAAAUAGACCGAUUGGAGUUGUCUUGAAAUUC